AUGAUGACCUUUUUCGCUUCGUUGGUCUGGGCAGGGCUCACUACUCUCGCUCUUGGAGAGUUGUACCCCCCAUACUAUGCAGACUUAUCGUGGCAACCGGCGAGAUCGCUAUCCAACUGGUCAAAUUUGACAGUGGAGACACGAACGGGAACCUUUAUUGGCAUGUUGAAUGAUACAUACCCGGAUGUCCGCCAAUUUCUUCGGGUUCCCUAUGCACAACCGCCAGUCGGGGAUCUCAGAUGGCUUCCGCCUCAAAAGUUGGCCAACUCAUCGAAGAGAAUCGACUCGACUCGCUUUGGACCUGCCUGUCCGCAGUAUGUAGCUUCCGGAAGCAGCAUGUGGGCAGAGUACGCGCCUACAAGCCUUCUGCUGAGUAUUGGGGAGGCACCCAAUCAGGGAUCGACUGCUUGGUCCUCCUCAGAGGACUGUCUGUCACUAGCUGUGUGGACCCCAGCGUUUGCCAACAAGACAUCAAAUCUGCCUGUAGCUCUUUUUGUCACAGGUGGUGGCGGUGUCACUGGCGGAAUUGAGGUUCCAUCCCAGCUACCAUCAAACUGGGUAUCGAACUCCCAGGAACAUAUUGUCGUAACGAUCAAUUAUCGGGUCAACAUCUUCGGCAAUCCUAAAUCGAAAGCUCUGACUGAGACAUCUCUGACUUUGUUGGAUGUGCGGGCCGCAGUAGAAUGGGUAGCCGAGAACAUUCGGGCAUUUGGUGGAGACCCAGACAAUAUCAUGCUAUGGGGACAAUCCCAGGGAGCGGCGCUCACUCACCUGUAUACUCUUGCCUUUCCAGAUGACCCUCGUGUGGCAAAAUUUGGUGUCAUCUCCCAGCCUCCGUCGGUGACAAUCAAUCUCACCGAGACAGCGGAUGUAUACGAAGACUUUCACAUUGUCGCGAAAGGCCUCGGAUGCAACUAUGGAGAUGACGCAGAGGCAGAGCUGGAAUGUAUGCGCCAAGUAUCAUGGGUACAGAUUGAAGAGUAUAUCAACCGUUAUAACGGCACCCAAUCCAUCGCCUUCUCUAAUUAUAUCCCCGACGAAAAGUACAUCUUCUCCAACGAGUCGGCGCGUUAUGCUGCUGGUCGUGUCGCGCGAGGCCCAGCCAUCCGCUCGGACGCCUCACGAGAACAAGCCAGCACAUCGGAGUCCACGACAAUGAAAGUAGAAGGCGAAUGGAUCUGCACUGCAUACGAGGACUCUAUCCGUCGGUCGUCCUUAGGACUUGAGACGUACCGCUAUGAAUGGGCUGGAAAUUUCUCCAAUAUUAGCCCAGUCCCUUACCUUGGUGCAUUUCAUUGGUCGGAUCUGUUGAUGAUAUUCGGCACAUAUAUGACAGAUGCAGGAAAUAUAUCAGCUCUGGAAGUUGCGACGUCGAGGACCAUGCAGGAUCACGUCUCGGCGUUCCUCAAGAAUCCCUCCACGGUCAGCUCCACUGUGGGUUGGCCCGCGUUUAACGCUACUGCUCCAUCGGGCGGCCUGAUCCUCGAGUUCGGCAAUGGCACCACUGUUAAUAAUAUCACGGGUGAUUUCCUCGAGGCUGGGUGCUGGGACUCUUCAGUGCCAUUCCCAAUCUAUGAGCCUAGAAAAUGA